AGAUAACUGUUAUUUUAAGGCUACGGUUAUAGUGCAUGCGUGUUCUGACGAACUGGCGUUCGGCCGAAAACGUCAGAAUUCUUGGUCAGAACAAAAGUGGUUAGUUUGUUUGCGUAUUGUGACGAACUGAUUUUAAUUUUUACUGGUUUUGUUGCCGUCGCAAAAUAUCCGUGAUGGAUGACGUGGACGAUUAUCUGUUUUUAGAAAGUCCUUUGUUAAAAAUGUUGUUAAUGAAUGAAAGGACUAUAUGUAUAAACGAAAUGUUUGCUUCAAGGAAUAUUAAUGGUGAAUUUCACACCCUAUUUGAAGAACUUUUACGCCAACCAGAAAAAUUUUUCGAAUACUUUAGAAUGUCAAUACAAACUUUCAACUAUAUCCUAGAGGGGAUCGAAGAAAGUAUAACUAAGCAAUCAAACUUUCGAGAAUGCAUAUCAGCUAGAGAAAGAUUGGCCCUAACUUUGAGGUAUCUAUCUACGGGGAUGUCUUUUAGGGCACUCAGUUUUUCAUAUAGAAUUUCCCAUAGUGCAAUACGAUUAAUUGUUUAUGAAACAUGUCUAUCAAUAUGGAAUAGCUUUCGGGAAAAACACAUGCCUAUGCCUACUACAGAACAUUUAAAAGCUAUAGCAAAAGACUUUUUCACAAAAUGGAAUUUUCCUAACUGCGUUGGCUGCAUUGACGGAAAACAUAUCAGAAUUAAAUGCCCACAAAAUUCAGGAUCGUUAUAUUAUAAUUACAAACAGUAUUUUUCAAUAGUGUUACAAGGAAUAUCGGAUGCCAGUUAUAGAUUUGUGACUGUAGAUGUGGGAGCUUACGGAAAGCAAAGCGAUGGAGGCAUAUUUUCGCUUUCGAACGUUUAUAAACAUUUAGAGCAAAAUACGUUUAAUAUCCCAGAUAACGACUAUAUACCAUCAACAAAAAUUAUGGCGCCCUUUGUACUAUUAGGUGACGACGCUUAUCCGUUGAAGUCGUAUUUGUUAAAACCAUAUUCAAAACAGAAUCUUUCCCGUGAAGAACGGAUAUUCAACUACAGAUUGUCUAGAGCUCGGCGCUGUAUUGAAUGUGCGUUUGGGAUAUUAGUUAGUAAAUGGAGAUUUUUAAAAACAGAACUUCAGAUGUAUCCUGAAAAAGUUGACAUUCUAGUGAAAAGUGCAACCUUAUUGCAUAAUGUAAUUAUCGACAUGGAAGGAGUCCCAGUACUGACACAAGAACAACAUGGUCUCAAUAAAAAGACAUCUGUUUCAAGGCGAUACAAUCGCUACGGGGCAACAGCGGCUCAAGUAAGAGACAUUUAUAAAAAUUACUUUUGGAGCCCAGCAGGGGCGGUGCAGUUUCAGUAUAACAUUUUUAAUUAAUAAUUAAACCUAAAUUCCUAAACUCAUUUCUAAUUUAAUGUAAGUACUAUGGAAUAUAUGUAAUAUUAAUGUACCUAAUGUAAUACUUACGACUUGUAUUCAUUUCCUGUGCAAUCUUUUCCCAUUUUUGUCGAGAUUGAUCUCUAUUAUGGUAACUUUUGUCCUUCAUGUCCCAUAAACUUUUGUUUUCAAGAACUAAACUAAUUAAUUUAUCCACGUCCAUACUUUUACAAUUCAAAUUCGCAUUUACAUUCGUCCGAAAAAACAAAAUUAUUUGAAAGAUCUAUUCUUCUGACGAAUUCGUGCGGGUUCGGCCGAACAAUUCGCUCCUAACGUAACCACUAUAGUUUGCUGCUGUUUAUUUGUUUGUUCGCGCGUGUUCUGACGAGUUCGUCCGAACGCCAGUUCGUCAGAACACGCAUGCACUAUAACCGUAGCCUAAAGGGGAUAGACCCGAAGCUGGGUCGUUCGAAAACGCUGUGCUUGAAAUUACAUUUUUGGUUCUUUUUGCUCGUUUUUCCGCUUUAUUUGUGAAAAAAUAUCCUGUAGGAAGAAGGGCCUUUGCUUGGACAUAGUUUUCUUAGGGUCCCAUAACGACGCUACGAAAAUAAUUGAUAAGGUUUCUAGAAUGGUGCUUUAAUCUGUUCAACCGAGCGGUUCAAUGACAUUAUAAAAUAAAAAUUAGUAGUGGGAUUGAUUGUUACAAAAAUGUGGAAGUGCGUAAGGAGUAGGGAUAUUCAGAAUAUGAACUGAAAAUUGUCGAAAACAAUAGAGUUGAGUCGGCAACACUGCCAAGGCCAGGGUAGCAUAUAGCGUGGCCAUGCAGUGGUUUUAAUGUGUGUGGGGAAUGGAUGAAAAACAAUUCAAAAACAAAACUAAAAAUUUGAAAGAUGUGUUUCGUCAAGAUGUGGCCGAAAUAGAACGAAGCAAAAAAAGUGGCUGUGGAACAGAAGACAUUUACACCUCAAAAAUGGUUUGAGGCUGCCCAUUUUUUCGCAGAAGUUUUGUCAACAAGGCAUAGUAAUUCAAACCUGACUCUACCCAGCACAUAGAAUAUAUAUGAGGAAGUCUCAAACUCUUAAAUUGAACAGCCUGAUGAUGAAGAACCCGAUACACCGCCCAAGGAACAAAAUGUAAAACUCUCUACUAAAAUCUAUCACAAGUAAAACUGUCGACGAAUUUGGGAAGUAUGUAGCUGCAGAGCUACGUCAAUUGCCGCAACGUCAGGCUAUUUUAUUGCAGCAAGAAAUCCAGAAUUCUAUUACACGUGUAAAGCUAAUAUGUUUAGAAAACAAUAACCAAAUAAAUACUUACUACGGAGAACCCCUUCAGCUGCAAACUUCUCCAUCGUUAUCCUCCCCAAGUGAUCCCAGCCCUGCCUCAACCACAUAUGAAACACAUACCCAACCCCAAAAUAACGAAGAUAACGGAUAUGGUCACGAUGUUCUUCAUCAAGCACUUAUAAAUACUUUUUAUAAAUAAAUAACUUUUUUCGUAAA